CUAUGAAGACACUCUUCAUGAUAUAGUUGUUGAACUUAGUGAGGAGUUAGACAUACCUUUGUCUGAAAUGGAUGAGGACUCUACUUAUGAAACUUCAGAGCCACCCUCAUCUGAAUCCAUGCUAGGGUCCAACAAUUCUAGGAUGUCUGUAUUAUCUGUCAAAUCCUCUUCGGGUUCUUCUAGUAGGGCUGAAAAUAGAAAAGUUGUUUGUCGGAAUGACAUUAUGAAUAACAUUAAAAGUCGACAGUUUCUUUUAACAAGAUCCUCACCUAGGAAAAAGAAGUAUAAGAACUUGUGUCCGGGUGCUGAAAACAUUCCAAUACGCUACUCCCCUCGGCUGUCAUCAAAAAGAAGGAAAGAAAGAAAUCUUAACUGCAGCAUGAAUGCCAUUAAUGUUCGCAGAAACUUAUUUCCAAAAGAUCAAAAGCUUUCAACUCCUAAGUACAGUCGCUCUCCCUAUAAAAGGAAAAGAAUGCGUACUCCCAAAUCUCACCACGUUCUUAAAACGAAGUUUGUUCCUGAAACACCAACCUCAAAGCAAAAUCUUUCUGCUCUACAAAGAAGAAAGUCUUUUAUGGAUACUGAUGAUUCAGAGACUUCACUUACAGAAAUAGCUGAAUCUCCGAAAAUCAAUAAGAGUGCAAAAAACACCGCUCAGUGUGAGCUUCUGAAGCAAUUGAAUGAGUUAGAAACUAACAAAUUUGUACAACCUGAGCCCCAACCUGUACCUAGCUGUAGUUUUCACUGUCAGUACACCCCAGAGAGUAAGCGUAGACUGUCCUUGAAAUUGUUUUCAAAAUACUUAACCAGCCCCACUGCUCGAACGGGAUUGAGAAAAUGCAGCAAAAGACUCUUUGAUCAAGUUUCACCUCAUGUCGAAAAAGAGACGUCCAAAAGACUGAAGGUAGACGCGGAACUAGAUGACAUGUCCUUACAAGAAUUUCCAGGCCAAGAAGAAACUCCUAAGAAAAGUUGAUGUUUUAUUUAGGUUAAAAAAUAAAUAAAUAAAAUACUGCCAAA